GCGGCGACCUUCUUUGUGCCCUUCUCUCCUUUUCGCGGGGCGGGGGGCGGCCUGAGAGGGACGGGACGGAGCGCUGUCCCCAAAGGGACCGCCCGAACCGGCGGGCAGAGAGCUGGGGCUGUCUCCGAUUUAUAGAAAUAAAAAGCGUCGCGCUUAAUGACUAACGCUUCUUUAUUGGUGUGUCGCUACUAACAGCGCUUUGACAGCAAGCGUUUCUGUCGCAGGCCACGGAAACGUAAGCGGGCAGCGCGGCCGUGCCCGUGUGGCAGGAGGAGCACGCGCGGGAGAGAGCUGCAGCCGGCGGGAAACGGGCGGUGAGGGGGAGGGGGCGGUUAGGGCGGCGCUGAGGUGAGUCUGGCGAGAAGCUGCAGUAGGUGUGGGAAGGGAGGCUGGCUUCUGUAACAGGCUAACGUCGCGCUGGUUAUCCUUCAGGUAAAUUAAACAUUGCCACGCACAAGAACUAAGAGUUGAGUGACAUGUGCAAUGGCCAGUUCUUUAAGAGGUGAAGUACUGAACCUUUAUAAAAAUCUGCUGUACCUUGGAAGGGAGUAUCCCAAAGGAGCAGACUACUUUAGAAGCCGGUUGAAAGCAGCUUUUCUAAAAAACAAAGAUGUGAAAGAUCCUGAAAAAAUUAAGCAGCUGAUUGCCCGAGGAGAGUUUGUUAUAAAAGAGUUGGAGGCUUUGUACUUCCUCAGGAAAUACAGAGCUAUGAAAAAGCGCUACUACAGCGAUGACAAAGAAUAACUGCUGCGACCCUCCCUGUAACAACACAAAGCCAUAAACAGUCAAUAAAAGAAAUGAAACU